AUGUCGUACAGGAAAACUUUUCAACUUAUUUGUGGCUUCGCUGGAGGCUCGGCGGCUUUGGUGUUCGCGGCUGCCGCUGCCGACUCUCGGGGAUACUUCGGCGAGCCCCGGGGCGAGGCGGCCACUCGGUGGUCGAGAUUCACCGUCCUCCAAGCGGCACAGCCGCCCUGGACCCCCUCCAGCCAGACACCGACCCCGACCGGACGUCCCUGGGACUUCAACUGGGACAAAAGAGAUCCGUCUAUGCUUUCCAAUGGCAAGAAGAAGGAGAGUGUGAAUGAAGACCCCAGCUCCGACCAGGAUAACAGCAAGCCCAAAGCCACCCGGAAUAUUCUCCUCAUCAGGCAUUCCCAGUACAACCUGAGCGGCAACAGUGACAAGGAGAGGAUCCUCACACCACUAGGCCGUGAGCAGGCUGAGUUGACGGGUCAGAGGUUGGCGGCACUUGGAUUAAAGUAUGAUAUUCUGAUCCACUCCAGCAUGUCCAGGGCCACAGAGACCGCUAAUAUCAUCAGCAAACACCUCCAAGGAGUUGAGCUGGUGAGCUGCGACUUGCUGAGAGAAGGUGCUCCAAUUGAACCGGUUCCACCCGUCACUCACUGGAAGCCCGACGCUGUGCAGUACUACGAAGACGGAGCUCGCAUUGAGGCAGCCUUCCGCCGCUACAUCCACCGGGCUGACCCCAAUCAGAAGGAGGACAGCUAUGAGGUCAUCGUGUGUCAUGCCAAUGUCAUCCGUUAUUUUGUCUGCAGGGCUCUCCAGUUCCCACCUGAGGGCUGGCUGCGCAUGGGUUUGAACAAUGGCAGCAUCACCUGGCUCACCAUCCGUCCAAGCGGCCGGGUGGCCCUCAGGACCCUGGGCGACGCGGGAUUCAUGCCCCCCGACAAACUAACACGAACCUGA